GUACCGGCUUCUUCAGUUCUGUCGUCAUCACGUAGCUCCGGAAGUAGAUCCACGCCGCGGUCCCCGCCUACCAAGCGCGCAGUUUCGCCUCCGCUGUUGCUAAGCGGCCUUGGAUACCUGGCCGCGGGACGCUGGGUGGUGCCAAGUGGAGAUGGUGGUCACUGGGCCUCAGACGAUCAUGGAGAAAGAGCUCCGGAGCACCAUUCUUUUCAAUGCAUACAAAAAGGAGGUAUUUACCACCAGCAAUGGCUAUAAAUCCAUGCAGAAAAAACUUCGGGGUAAUUGGAAAAUUCAGAGCUUAAAAGAUGAAAUCACAUCUGAGAAGCUAAUUGGGGUGAAACUGUGGAUUACAGCGGGGCCAAGGGAAAAAUUUACUGCAGCUGAGUUUGAAGUCCUGAAGAAGUACCUUGAUGGAGGUGGAGAUAUUCUUGUGAUGCUGGGAGAGGGUGGGGAAUCCAGAUUUGAUACCAAUAUUAACUUUCUCCUAGAAGAGUAUGGAAUCAUGGUUAAUAACGAUGCUGUGGUUAGAAAUGUGUAUUAUAAGUAUUUCCAUCCUAAAGAAGCCCUGGUUUCCGAUGGAGUUUUGAAUAGGGAAAUUAGCCGAGCUGCAGGGAAGGCAGUGCCUGGAAUCAUUGACGAGGAGAGUAGUGGAAACAAUGCCCAGGCUCUCACCUUUGUCUAUCCUUUUGGUGCCACAUUGAAUGUCAUGAAACCAGCAGUGGCUGUUCUGUCCACAGGCUCUGUCUGUUUCCCACUUAACAGACCCAUCCUGGCUUUCUAUCACUCGAAGGACCAAGGUGGGAAACUAGCUGUGCUUGGCUCAUGUCACAUGUUCAGUGACCAAUAUUUGGAUAAAGAAGAAAACAGCAAAAUCAUGGAUGUUGUUUUCCAGUGGCUCACGGCAGGAGACAUCCAACUAAACCAGAUCGAUGCUGAGGACCCAGAGAUUUCCGACUACAUGAUGGUGCCUGACACGGCCACCCUGUCCGAGCGGCUGCGAGUGUGUCUCCAGGAGGGUGAUGAGAACCCGAGGGACUUCACCACCCUCUUCGACCUGUCCAUUUACCAGCUGGAUACCACUUCCCUCCCCAAGGUCAUCAAAGCUCACGAACAGCUCAACGUGAAGCAUGAACCUCUCCAGCUCAUCCAACCUCAGUUUGAGACACCGCUGCCCACCCUUCAGCCCGCAGUUUUCCCGCCGAGUUUCAGGGAACUACCACCUCCUCCACUGGAGCUGUUUGACUUAGACGAGACGUUCUCCUCCGAGAAGGCCCGGCUUGCUCAGAUUACCAAUAAGUGUACUGAAGACGACCUGGAAUUCUACAUCAGGAAGUGUGGUGACAUUCUUGGAGUCACCAAUAAACUACCAAAGGACCAACAAGAUGCCAAACAUAUCCUUGAGCAUAUCUUCUUCCAAGUGGUGGAGUUCAAGAAAUUGAACCAGGGACAGCAGUGAUACCUGUGUGGCUGGAGAACUGAGCCAAGGAUGGAGCAGCAGGAUGUGAGGUCAGCACCUUAUGUUAGAAAUCAUCUUAUCCUGAGGACCAAGAGUUUAAAAGUUAUGCCCGCGGAGUUCCCGUCAUGACCCAGUGGAACAUGAUAUUGAUACAAGUGAAACGGCAUUCCAGAGCAAUUUCUGAGGACCAAGGCUCUUGAAGCAUUUUCUGCCUCCUGAUUCUCUGUAAACUUUUUGAACUGUCCCUCAGUUCCUUAGCACAACUGUCAAUACGGUCUUUCAUCUGCCAGCUGUGGAAGGUCUGUGCAUCUUUUGCAGCGUUCAGAGAGGGAUGACAUUUCUAACUUACAAGAUCCUUAUAUAAGAUACAUUCUAUUUUUUAAAUUAAAUCUGUUUGAAUAUGUA